GUUUUUUGAACAAACGCGACGGGCGGUGUUGUAGGUUGCAGCUGACAACGUAUUUACGCGGUACACGUCUCCAGCUGAGUAUAGUGAGUUGCGAGUUAGCGACGGCAAGUCAUUGGCCGGUCAUAUUAAGUUUUUCGUUUACGUUUCAUAGUCCAUUCUGUACCUACUCACCAUCUCUGUCGGUAAUCUUGAAGCUCCGCGGUUCGGCCUGCUUGUCUCCUUAUCAUACAAUUCGUUAUCUAUUUACGUAAAUAUACCAACAUAUAUUUUGUACCUCGACGACGCUUGUUGCUUCUUACGGAGACUUAUCUACCAUUGUUUGGUGCCGGCCGGUGCUGUGGUUACUGGUUGCACACUUGCACUAUAAUACCAUACAUUUAUACCUACCAACUGCCAAGCGGCGUGUACCUAAUUGUACGGCUGCCAUACAUACACUCGUCACGCAUACGGCUCGUACCUGUUUGUCCGCAAAACAAUUAACCUGGUGGCUGGUACAACGGAACUUUUCAACUAAAACAGCGUCAAAGUAUUGUUGCUUGUUCUUUGUUAAGUAACUACAGGGAAAUGGACGAUAUCACCGAUACGAUUUUGUCGUUCAGACAGCGUAAUCUGGAGAUUGUGGUGGCGGUACCUAGAAUGACUAAGCUUAUUAAGAUCGCAAAUUAUAUGCCGUGUCGGAUUUUAAGUUGUGUUUGCCAUAGAUGGAUUUGUAAUGAGGAAAUUGAUAAACCGUCAAUGAAUUCAGUUUGCGACCAAUCUCAUUGUAACCAUAAAUUAUAUGAUCAUGUAUCACAUUUGGUACAUGCUUCAGAAAAAAUGUUAAACGCUUUGUUGAGAUUAAUAUUUGAUUUUGAAAAUAUAAAAGAUGAAAUAGAACAUCUGUCAAAAUUGCCCUCUGAUGCUGAAAGAGAUUCUUUACUAAAACAUUGUAAAGAUUACAUUUAUCAUGAAAUUAAACAUUAUAUAAGUCCUGAAUCCAUGAUUUCAAUUGAAGAUUCAAUCGAAAAACCACCGUUUGAGUCUCCAACUAUAAUUGAUGUUUUAAAGAAUUUUUGCUUGUAUGUGUUUUCGCCUAAUCUCUAUUUUUUAAAAGUUGCAUUUAAAAUCACCCAAAUAACUUCAAACAACUUUGAUAGUUGGAUAUGGGCUACUCCAGACAAGCUUCAAUCUUCCAAUAAAUUAAGAUACAAUAACAGUUAUAAAUUUUACUAUCAGAGGUACCAAGAGUAUUGUCUUACUCCCACUUCCAAUCGUCCUAUAAUAAAACCAAGUUAUACAAGCAGUAAAAUAUUUGGCCAGGAUAUUUUAAAAUACACCUUAAAGGUGUUUAGAACAUCUCUCACCAAUUGGUGUCUCAAUGAAUCAAAAAAAUGUACCUACACUAAAAGAUGCGUGUUCAAGAAAAUUGUACCACGAUUUAUGGAUUCAUUAGAACGAGAAGUGUAUGCAGUUGAUUCGCCUAUAUGGAAUCCAAAUUUUUUGAAUACUUCAUUUCCAAAAAAAGUGUUAGAUGCUUUAAACAUCAAAUUAAAUGAACUGACUCUUAGUCAAUGUUAUUCACAUGUAAUUAAUUCCAAUAUGCCAGGAAUAAUAAACGACAAUUGUUUGAAUGGUAUAUCGAAUCAGUUGUUAACAAGGGCACUCACACUUCACAGGCAAAAAUUCAGGGCGUAUGUAGCAAAGGAUAAUAUUAUGGAUACAUUUGAGUGUUUAAAUCUUAAUUUUGGUGCCAACACAUCUCUAAAGGGGUUUAUAACACACCAGAAUAAACCUGAAACUCUUGCAAAAGCCAAACAUGCAGGAAUAGAAAUGAUAGUAUUUGAUCGUUCGUCAAAUCUUACAAAAUGUGUGUUAUGCCGAAAAGAACUCAGAAAUAUGUACCAAACUCAGUUACCUAGACUUCCCGAUACAUACAUUUCAAGAUUGGAAACAGAUGAAGAAAUAAAAACGUUGGCCAUGAUGGAAGACGGUAUUCCUGUUGGAUGUAUAUAUUUCCGCACUUUCAAAUCUCAAGGAUUUACUGAAAUAGUAUUAUGUAUGUUGAAAGUGGGGUUACAUGUAAAUGGAUAUGAGUCGUUUUUAAUGAAUUAUUUGAAGGAGCUUCAAACAACUAAACUGAAUAUAUGGAAUUUACUGGUUUAUGCUAAUAAAGAAAAAUUAGCAUAUUUUAAAAAUCACGAUUUCAGUACAGAAGUAAAAAUCUCAAAGGCAAAAUAUAAUAAGUAUAUAGUUCAUUAUGAAGAUUCCAAAUUGAUGCACUGCAAUCUAAAGAAGUGAAUAAUAACUUAAUUUUUUUAAAUUAUAACAUUAUAUAGGUGAAAGAAAUAUAGUAUAAGAAGUAGAUUUAUAAUUUCAAAUUUUUUUUUUUUAUUUUAACAAAAAUAUAUUUACGCUGAUUAUAGUGAUGAAUGAUUAUAUUAUCGAUGUUUCAGUUCAAAACUUUAACAACUCAAGUUAUAAGAAAUUCGAGUUUUUACACCAUCUUAUAAUGAUUUUGGUUUAAUAACACAAUAAAAUAUAGUUAAAUUAUUGUCCAAGAGAGACCAUUUUCAAUAUUAUAAUUUACGUUUCAUUACAUAGAGAAUCAAUAUAUAAAACACAUUAUACCCAAAAAACCAAUUUUUGAGUUGUGGGGCAUUGAUGAACUGGGGCAUCGUAUGUAGAUUUAAUAGUGAUUGCUUUAAUAAGUAUUGAAAAAAAAUUAUUUUUGCUUUUCUUGUUACAAAUUAGAUAGUAGCAUAGUUUAGUAUACCUAAUAUAGUAUAUUACAGUAUAGUAUUACAGUAAAGAAUAGAUAAAUAGCAUAGUUUAGUGAAGUCUAAUAUAAUAUAUAUAAGCAAAUCAGCAUUCCAUAUUAUACAACCUUUUUUUUAUCAGUAUUAAAAAUUGAUUGAAUCUGAUAUCAUAAUUUUGUAGAAAAUAAUUAUUGACAGUUAACAACAAUACAAAACUCAUCACAUUUGUGAAAGUCUUUUCUUUCAGUAGAAGGGGCUCAUAGAAAACCAUUUAUUAAAGAGUUUCUAAAUUUGGUCUCAUAGGAAUAGUUUGGAACUUUGUUUGAGAUUGAUUGGAAUCAGAUAUUACUUAUUUGGAUGUUUUCCU